AUGGUGACCCAUCCUGCCCAUGUCGUGGUUUCCUCGAAGCGCACGUCCCUCGAGUCUGUCGGUGAAUCCGAAACCUCCUUAGCCCGCCACUCCCGAGAACACGGCCACCGCGGGCGUCACGAGCACGACCUGGAGGCUCAGAACUCGGUCGCGGAAAAUCACCCGCAACAUAUCCGCAUCCGGGAUAACACGGAACACCAUCACCACGAUGGAGAGGGCGCACCGCAUUCGCCGAACCUUCAUCGCAGCGAGACCGGGGUCUCCAAAUACUCCGUAAGGUCUCUGCGGAGGAGAGGUCGAGCAGAGACCAAUGUUUUGUAUGGCGCAGGCGAAAUGGGCAGAACUACAGGAUGGACUCCUGGGCAGGAGCCAGGCAUAGACACCAGCGACCCUGCUCCUCCGUACAGUCUGGGUGCCGCAACACCUGCCGAUGUUGCGCAAAUGGAGAGAUUGAACCAACGGUGUGAGAUUACGGUGGUGGAUUUCAGCAACGAGGCGGUUUCUACGACAGAUUUGGACAAUGACAAUAUUGAAGAAUUCCUUCAGAAAGGCGCUCCAGAAUGGGCUGAUGUCCGGUGGAUCAAUGUCAAUGGGCUUUCUUGGGACGUGAUUCGAGUACUGGGAAACCACAAGCAUCUCCACCGGCUGGCUAUUGAGGAUUUGUUCAAUACCAAAAAUCGCACAAAGGUCGACUGGUACAGUGACCAUACCUACAUGAUUCUUCCCUUGCAGAAGCUCAUCAACAUCGAGGACAACGAACUCGACUACGAUUCGGAAGUCGACGACAAGGAGGACUUGGAAUCUGUUGAUGCCGAGUCCGAAUUUCGGACAAGGAUCAUCACAGAACGCCAGCGAAGGCAACGGCAGCGGAAGCGGAAGGGCGCCAUCCGGUCUUUGAUUGAGGAUCUGCAAAAGCCCCUGCGGAAGGAGAAGAAGAAAGAGACUCUUAGAUCUCCAGAUAUCAUCGGAGACGGAAUCCAGCCCUCGAACAGUUUUAGACACUCGAGCAAAGCGGAAACGCCAUGGGCACCCAGGACCAUUCGCACCAUGCAACGCUAUCAUGCCGGCCCAAACCAAGACCGAAUCGAGUACAUGGAGCGCCACGCUGUCCUUGGACAUAAGGGCAUUGGGGUCUCCAUGGAACAAGUCUCCAUUUUUCUUUGCGCAGACAACACCGUCAUCUCCUUCUUUGAGUACUCUGCGCACGAUGUACAGACACCUAUCAUCCGCCGGUUACAGUCUCCUGGCACAAUUCUCCGCCAGUGCUCUGAUGCCAGCAUGCUCUGUCAAGCGAUCCUUGACGCGAUUAUCGACCUUGCUCUCCCCGUAACAACGGCAUAUCAAGACGCAAUAGGAGAUUUGGAGCUCGACGUUCUCACCGACCCGGACAUUCAUCAAUCUUCCACCUUGUACAUCUUGACCUCGGAAAUCGCGAUCCUCCGCAACGCCAUUGCUCCGGUAGUUCAGCUCAUCGGCGCGCUGAAGGAUCACAAGACCAGUGCCCAGCCUACGAUGAUAACUCAUUCGCGUAUCGCCAGUCCGUCGGCCCUCGACCAACAAAACAACGACCCUAUGAACAAGGCUCCGCUGUAUCAUACCCAAAGCAAUAACCUCCGCAAACACUCCAGCGCUCCCCUAAUAGUGAGCAGCGUCGAGAUUUCUCCGCUCACAGUCACCUACCUGGGAGACGUAGAGGACCAUGCUCUCCUUAUCCAGGAUAGCUACGACCAGAUGCGCCGCAACGCUGACAAUCUUGUCGACUUGAUCUUCAACACCGUGUCGGCGUAUCAAAACGAAUCUAUGAAACAGCUCACCAUCGUGACAUGCUUUUUUCUUCCUCUGACCUUCUUGACUGGAUAUUUUGGACAGAACUUUGCGACUUUCCCGGGGGUGACGGAGCAUAGCGACGCGUUCUUCUGGGUCAUUGCCACGCCCGUGUCGGUGGUGGUGUUUUUGUUAUUGAUGAGAGACGUCAUGGUUCGCUGGCUGGGCCGGUGGGCGAACAAGGCGUUGAUCGCCCGGGGCAGGAAACGGCGGUUGGCACAGACCGGACAGCAGAGUUGA